AUGUUCCAGAUGGUGGAGCGGACCACUGUGGACAUGAACCACUAUGCCGUAGCAGAAUUUGUUGGACGGGCACUGUAUGGAAUCUUUACCAUUAUCAUGGUGAUUGUCCUACUCAACAUGCUUAUUGCCAUGAUCACCAAUUCCUUCCAGAAGAUCGAGGUGAGAGUUGUGCCCCAGUGUGAGAGAUAA